AGUCUCGGAGCAGAGCCGCUUAGAGCUAAUAGUCUCCCUGCCCCCCCCCCCCAUAAAUAUUCCCCACUAAAAAAAGUAUCGCUGCUUUUUCCAAUACUGGAGGGGACCCCCUCUGCCCUGCAGCCCACUUCCACGCGGGGCCACGGUCCCGGAGAAUGACGGCGAAGGCGCUGGACAAGCUCCCUGUGGGUCUGAGCGGCGGCUUCGUGCCCCACUUGCCCUGCGAGGGCUUCUACUCCGUGGAGGACCUGCCGGUGAUCAGCUUCCCCAAUGGGGAGCUAGCAGGAGGAGGAGGAGGAGGGCCCCUGGAGCCCAUGAGCGGCCCCACGGGAGAUGCCUUGAGCGACGCCGCCGAGAUGGGCGAAAAGCGGGCCCUGGAGCUGCAGUACGCAUGCGCCGGCUUCACCCCUGCCUCGCGCCCCACCGCCGCUUCCGCUCAGCCCUUCGCCUACAUGGGCAAGUUCUGCAUCGACGCCCAGUACCCCGGCGGCGCAGGCGCAAUGGGCUCCUACCCCGCCGACGGCAUCCUCAACCUGGUCAGCGCGGGGCUCUUGCAAGGGCUGGCUGCCGCUCCGACAUCCUCCUCCUCCUCUUCCUCCUCCUCCGUCGCCUCCUCGGGCUCCCCCGGCACCAUGGCGCCCCCGGAAAUGGAGCACCUCUACUCUCCCCCUCCUUACUCGUCCUGCGGGGAGCUCUACCUCCCGCACCAGCAGCCGCAGGAAGGCUCCUUCUUGCCCGGCCACUCGGGGCAUUUCCCGCCCCCGCCGCCGCCCCCGCCGCCCUCCUACCACCAACCCCCCAAAACGGGGCCUGCGGAAAGCCUCUUCCCCAUGAUGCAAGACUACUCGGGCUUCUUCCCGCCGCCGCCCCCGCCGCCCCCUCCGUGCGACUUCCCGGAGCGCAAGCCCUUCUCGUGCGCCUUGGAUGCCGUGCGCGCGCCCCCCUUGACGCCGCUCUCCACCAUUCGGAACUUCACGCUCGGCGCGCCCCCUGCCGGCCUGGGCGAGAACAGCGCCCCCCUCUCCUCCUCCUCGUCGUCGGCUUCUUCGCGCUUGGCGGCGGGGGCUUACGGCAGCCCGGCCCACUUGCCCUUGCGGCCCAUCCUCCGCCCCCGCAAGUACCCCAACCGGCCCAGCAAGACGCCGGUCCACGAGCGGCCUUAUCCUUGCCCGGCCGAGGGCUGCGACCGGCGCUUCUCCCGCUCGGACGAGCUGACCCGCCACAUCCGCAUCCACACGGGCCACAAGCCCUUCCAGUGCCGCAUCUGCAUGCGCAACUUCAGCCGCAGCGACCACCUCACCACCCACAUCCGCACCCACACCGGGGAGAAGCCCUUCGCCUGCGACUUCUGCGGCAGAAAGUUCGCCCGCUCCGACGAGCGCAAGCGGCACACCAAGAUCCACCUCCGGCAGAAGGAGCGCAAGGCCGCCGCCGCCGCCUCCGCCUCCGCGCCCGCCGCUUCUUCCAGCGGGAUGAGCGCGCCCCCUCCUCCCUCGACGGGGCCCCUCUCGUCCUGCGCCACCAGGAACCGGGCGCCUUGAUCCGAGGAGCCUUCCUUUGGGGGUUCAGACUGGGGCAUGUUCCCCCGCCCAGCAGGAGGGGCAAGGGCUGCCCAGUGCACUUUAGAGUUCCCCUGGCUUGGCCCGUCCCAUUGCCUAAAGCCUUUGGUGGUUAACAACAACACAACAGAUUUGGAGGAAGGACAAGGCUCUGGAGCCUUGGCCCCUGACCAUUGAAGGCCGCUCCAAACCGCAGCAGCCGGCCAGGUCGGGAGCCCAUAAAGGAUCGAGACCUUGGCCCCGUCUACACCGAUCAUUUCAUGCCCUGGCCAGACAACGAACGUCCACAAUACACACACACAGGGUGUCCUUAAAGUCUCUUUAUCAUUUAAGGAUACUUUAAAUGAGAAAUCUAUAUAAAUAAAAAUGUAAUGUUCGUUUGUGGGAUUAACAGAACUCAAAAACCACUGGACAAAUUGACACCAAAUUUGGACAG